AUGACGACUACAAGGGGCAGCACGAACGCCGCGGGCCGUGGGAGAUCACGAUCAAGCUCGGCUGACUCUGGUCCUGCCCGACGGCGCCAAGGCACUGGAAGAGCCGCGGGAGCGGGAGGAGCUGUGGGCGCAGGUGAAGCAGCGGGUGAUGGUGGGGCAGCGGCCCCGGUCGGCAUCGCCGCUCUCGAUCCCGCCGCCCAGAUCGAGGCAGUAGUCGCAGCGGCGCUGGCCGCACACGUUGCGCGCUCCGGUAGUGAAGCGCAGCACGAAGAACCAGAAAAAGAGCCUGCUCGUGGCGACGAUACCGCCGGAGACGCGCACGCGGAUUAA